AUGGUUUCACUAUCAUCGUUGAUGCCGGUCCUUCUCGAGUAUCUGACGAUCGAAGAGGAGGCGCAAAUUUAUCAGCAGUUUGAAGGAAUAUGCCAACCCAACAGCCAAGUCCUGUGGAGCGGCGUGCCGCACAAAGUGGCUCAAAAUUGGGCAGAUGAACAUGAUAUGCAGACACUUACUACCGCAAUGGGUCCUCUCAUGGAUAAAGCGGAUUCAUUAUGUUUAAGAAAGAGCAAGUCAGGUCUGCAAUGGAGCAAAUACAUCAAGGGAGCCUCUGCAGUAUUUUCGUGGUAUAUUUCAAGCGGUGAAAAGGUUACAAUGUUGUCGCCACCGCCUCCAGAAAGAUUCCAUCCAUCUGGACUGACCAACUACCAAGCAAUCGAAGAGCCAAUUUUAAAAUGGGCAAUAGCGGACCAUACUAUACUACGGAUCGAAAUGGUGCAUCCAACCGUGAAAGGAGCAGAGAACUUCAGCUACCAGAUGUGGCCCAUUGAUGAAACAGAUAACUGGAUUGCAACCUUUGGGACUGUAGCCAUCAAGAAGCGCCCUUGGAGAGUAAUGGGGAAUGCCUUGCAUCAAAUGGCAAUAAGGAAGGGCAUAACGACCAACGAGAAAUUUGGUGUUGGACAUGGCACCAGUCACUUCAGUCAGGAGAGCGAAUCUGGUGUGCAUAUGCCAAUUGCGAGAGAGCAGAAAAAAGAGUCCAAGGAAGCGACCAAGGCAAUCCAACCCUCCAAGACCACAAAAGUAAAGAAAGAAGUAGUCCAAGAGAAAGUAUCCACAGAGACCAAAAAAGCAUCAAAGGCAAUGAAAGCGUUAAAGGCAAAGAAAGUCUCAAAGAGAACUCGAGACAACAGUCAAAAGAAGGAGGCCGCUUUGGUCCAGGAAACUACGGCACCGUACUAUUUACGAAUGUUGUCGUACAGGAUCUACGUAGCAGGACUUAUUUUGCUGGUUUUGCUGGUCGCUCUCAUCCAAUGCGCGUUCUGCACCUACGAAGAGCCCGCUGUUGAGGAGCCUGAAAGCCUAAUGGGCGCUAGUGCUCCCAUGAUGUCUAGAGAAUUACCUUUUCCUUCACCUCCUCCGCCACCCGAGGUCCCAGAAUCAGUAGAAGAGGUCUCCGAGACUCCAGGGCCCCCCGCCAUUGAAAAGCCUGCCGCCGUCGAAUGGCCUGCCUUCAAAGAGCCUCCCGCAAUCAAAGAGCCGGUCGCCGCCAUAGAUCAACACACUGAGAAACCCCAUACGAAAGACUCCGAAACGUCUCCCCACCCGGAUUGGUGGAAUCUUGUAACUGAAGCAAUGGAAUCUACUCUGGUUAAAGAAAAAAAGAAGGACAAGAAGGGCAAGAAAAGCAAGAAGGGCAAGAAAAGCAAGAAGGGCAAGAAAAGCAAGAAGGGCAAGCAGGGUAAAAAGACUUUGACACCGUCUUCACCGACGCCUCUACCGCCGCUUAAGCUACCAACUGAAUGUGAAGCUAUUUCCCUGCCAUCUUCACCUCCAAAGAAACCGAAAGAAAAGAAGGGUAAGAAGGGUAAAGAUACUUCACCGCCGUCUCAACUGAGAAACCGAAAGAAAAGAAGGGUAAGAAGGGUAAAGAUACUUCACCGCCGUCUCAACUGCCGCCUCCGCCGCCGCUUACGCCACCUAUCAAGUGCGAAGUCAUUUCACCGCCGUCUUCACCCCUUAAGAUACCCAAAGAAAAGCAGGAGGGUAAGAAAUGUAAGAAGGGCAAGAAGGCUCCACCACCGUCUUUACCGCCGCUUCUAUCGCUGCCUGAGCUGCUUGCCAAGUACGAAGCCAUUCAACCUCCCGCCGAGUCCCAAUGUAAACAAACACGAUACAACCUACGACCCCGACCAUUGAAAGCCCAGUGCAUAAAGUCUUUAUAAAAGGCUCAAAUUGCUAUAUUAUUUCCAUGUUCGUAACACUAUUCUGCAGACAGGCGUAUUCCUAAGACGGCAUAUUCUUAAGAUAGUAUGUUCUUAAGACAGCCAUGGUCGUACGACAGCUAAAGUCUUAAGACGGUGGCAUCUCAAGACGAGGACGUUCUCUAGACAGUUACGCCCUUAAGAUCGACCCGUCUUGUAACAGUUAUAUUCUCAAGAUAUGCUUUUAUAAUCAGAAGUCACUAUGCCUCACUGUCUUAUGAAGUUUCUAUAUUAUUUGCCUCUAAAUAGUACGCCUUAAUAAUAAUACAGAUUCUAGCUUCAGAUAACAUUAG